AUGUCGGGAAUAUACAAUCAUAGGCAGAUUACACCAGGAGGAGCAGGAGGGUCGAGCCGUUUCAACGAGCUCUUGGAAGCUUUGAAACAAGAAUAUGACAGUCUCCAACAGGAAGCCAUGGCUUAUAAAAUGCAACGUGAAGAAUUUGAACAUAAAGAAAUUCAUAUUAUGUUGAAAUACAAUCGUGUGCUGCGUAAUAUGGUGUUAUUGACCGGUGUCAUUGUACUUCGGCUAUCGAUGCUCUGCAAUUUUAUCACGCGUCAACUCAAUCUACAACAACAGACUGACGAAGUCAGCAUGAUCCGUCAGGGUUUAUACGAAUUGCAGAACACUCAGAAAAACAUAAAACAACAAUAUGAUGCGGAGAUACGUAAUCUUCAACGUGAAAUCGAACAACAAAGGUUACAUGCUCAUCCAUCUUCCAGCACUCAUCCUCAGCCGCCACCCUCGCACCCCCCGCCGCAGCCCCCUCCACCGGCCAUUGGACAAGGUCAAAGCAAUCUUUUCGGUACUAUCAUCAGUGGCAAUGGCCCUCAAAGCCUUGUCGCACCUCCUCAGAUGUUGGAUCCUGCGCAAUCUGCGAAUCAACAGGGACAUCCAUAUCCCGGUCCGGGGGGUCCCCCUCAAAGUGUUCCACAAUCUGGUGGUAGCACUGCUCCAUCUCCAUAUCUUAACGGUGGCGGUCCACCGGGUCAAUCACACACAACAAAGAGGCCACGCAUAGGCAUAGAAGAUGGCUUGCCACAAGGUCCGCAAGCUCCUAUUGGAAUCCCUCCAAAUACGCAGCAAUCUCCAGCCGGACUGUACGGCAGCAACGUUGUUCCUCCUCCUCAACCCGGUCAACAAGGACCUCCCUUGAAUCCGGGAUAUGCUUCGUCUGUUGGUCAAAGUAAUAAACCCGUUAAUAAAACAAAG